UUGGCUCGUAACUCGGCGUGACGUAGCCCGGAUGUAGAAUCGCUCGUAACUCGGUUUACGGCUUCACACGUGUGUUCGUUGGAGUUCCAGACAACAGACCGCCAUGACGUCACUGGCCCACCAGCUGCGGAGGCUCGCGCUGCCUCAGAGCGACCCCAACCUGCUGACCCGCGGCGAGGUGGCCUCGCUCCUCUUCGACCCCAAAGUUGCCGUUUCCAUGGACCGGAGCACCUUCUACGCCCUCGGCUGCACGGGGCUGGAGGAGCUGAUGGGCAUCGAGCCCGCCUUCCUGGAGUUCCAGGACACCCUGUUCAGCCGGGCCUCGCUGACUCUGGAGCGCAGCGUCCAGUCCAGGGAGGUCAACGAGAAGCUGGACGCCGGCGUCUCGCUGUUCCUCGCCCGCCUCUCGCCGUACUUCCUCCUGAAGCCGGCGCACAAGUGCCUCGAGUGGCUGGUCCACCGGUUCCACGUGCAGCUCUACAACGCCGACGCUCUGCUGCGCUGCUCGCUGCCGUUCCACGACACCAACGUGUUCGUCAGAGUUCUGCAGCUGCUGAAGAUCAGCGCCGGCCGCUGGAGCUGGCUGCUCGGCCUGCAGAAAGCCGGCGUGCCGCUCUCCAGAGGCGCUCUGGUCGCUCACUGCUACUCGGACCUGAGCUUCAUGGACUUCAUCUGCUCGCUGGUCACCGGCUCGGUGCAGGCGUACUCUGGUCGCUCUGGAAGCUGCUCCCAGCUCAGAGUGAUCUUCUCCUUCUACGCCUCCACCAUCGUCUCCGCUCUGGCCGCCGUGGACAAAGUGUCCGACGCUAUGAUCGCCAAACUGCUGCCCUUUGUUCACAAGGGUCUCAAGUCGUCUCUGACGGACUACCGCGCCGCCACCCUGAUGGUGGUGUGCCAGCUGGCGGUGGCGGUGCCGUUGGAGGCGGGGCUAGUCGACGUCCUCGCCGCCCACGUGGCCCGGUCUCUGCUCGGGGACCCGGUGCUGGCCCAGGAGGGUCUGGGCUGUCUCGUGGUGCUGCUGCAGAACCAGAAGGAGGGCUCCGCCGGGCCCAGGGCGGCCGUGUCUCUGGGCGCCAUGCCGGCGCUCGCCUCCGGGCUGCGGGCCGUGGCGGCGGCCCACGACGUCGCCCCGCUGCUGCGCUACCUGCUGCCGCACCUGGUCCGCGCCGCGCUCAGCGGCUCAGGUGAGGAGGACCAGCUCGCCGUGUUGGAGUCGGUGCUGGAGGCCGUCCCUCUGACCGGAGGCCUGGACCGGACCGCGGCUCGGUGUGUGUUCUCUGCGUACCUGAGUCAGGCCGACCUGUCCCCUGACGCCGCGGCGGCCUUCGACCGGCGCCUCCUCCCUCUGGUCCGGCUGUUGGAGUCCCGGUACGGCGCCGCUCUGGACGGCGUGCUCGCCGCUCACGUGACCGGCGGCGGCGGCGAGCAGAGGAGUCUCUACCACCGCUUCCUGUGUCUGUCCCUGAGCCGUGGGAAACACCAGUCCGCGUCAGAGUCCUCUGCCCUCAAAGUCCUGGAGGUUCUGCUGGACGUGUUGGACCCGGAGGACGUGGUUCUGUCUCUGCUGGCGCUGCUGCACAGCGCCGACCUGUCGGUGGCCGAGAGCUGGCUGCCCGUGCUGACGGAGGCGGUGCGUUUACUGUCCGACCCCCGGCUGGGACAAGCGGACGCCGAGCUGCUGCAGAAGGCGGGCUGGCGGCUGCUGCCCCUGCUGGUGGUCUCCUCCUCCUCCUCCUCCUCCUCCCAGCUCCUCUUCACCUCCUGCCUCGCUCACUCCUCCAUCGUCGCCCGCCACCCGCUCACCAUGAACUGGGCUCAAGAGCUGGACGAGGUGAUGAAGAGGAGCAGUGAGCCUGACUUCCUUGGCCUGGCCAACGAGCGCCUCGUGGCCGUGAUGAGCGCCGGCCUCCUGAGCAUGGAGCUCUUCUCCCGGCGCGAUGCCCUGGAGCGGCUGGCCCAGGCGGUGGAGGGGCAGCGGGGCUCUGGCCCGCGGGCCCGGGCCUCCUUCCUGGUGCUGACCCAGACUCUGCUGCUGGGUCUGAGGGGGCUGAGCGAGACCCAGCACCUGCUCACCGCCCAGCGGGUCUACGCGCUGCUGGAGGCGCCGCUGCUGGAGGCCACCGGGGGCGCCGCCGCGCAGGAAGAUGGCCGCUGUAACUCCGCCCCCCCCUCCUCCUUCUCUGGAGCCCUGGCUCUGUACCUGAGCAGGUGUGGGCAGCAGCCAGGUGAGCGGCUGGACACGGAGUUCAGCUUCGUCCUCAUCGCUCUGCUCAGAGACUUCAUCGGCUCCCUCAGGUGUCACGACGCCUCCUUCAAAGGUGACGUGUGGUGGAACCCGGAGAAGAUGGACACUAACACCUGUUGUUACCUGGGGCUCACCUGCCGCCUCUUCAGUGUCAUCAUCAGAGGCGCCGGCGAGGGUCCGGCGUCUGGCAGCUUCAGGGACUUGAUGAAGCUGCUCAUCAAGGUUCACCUGUGCGAGCCGCCGAUGCUCUUCCGCUUCCUGUGCCUGCUGUGGGGCUACGGCAGUAACCACGGCGACCAGCUGGACGUGAAGGUGGGCGCCGUCCUGCAGACCCAGGCGCUGUACGUGGGCGGAGCUCUGCUGAGCGCCCAGUCGGCCGCCGCGCUGCAGCAGCUGGCCGCCGCCGACUCGCCUGUGGUCCCGUCGUUGCUCUGCUGUCUCACCUCUCCGGUCCGGGAGGUCCGGAGGGCGGCGCUCGCCGCUCUGCGCGGCCUAUCGGGCGCCGCCGCGUCUCCCUUCCGGCCAAUCACAGAGAGGCUUCUGAAGAACUCGGAGGAGAUCAUCGCCGACCCGGCGUACCUGAGCCAGGUGCUCGGAGCGCUGCAGGACGAGAGCGCCGCCGCCACCGAGGCCACGCCGCUGCGGGCGUCUCUCCAGCAGCUGCUGCAGAGCGCCGGAGCGCCGGGCUGCCCGUCAUACAGCGCCUGCUGCCUGCUGCGAGCGCUGAGCCACACCAACGGACCGGCCGUCCUCUCUGAGCUGCUCCCGGUUCUGGACCGGCUGCUGGACCAGAGCGGGCCCGACGCCCCCAGCCUGCUGCGCUCCGAGGCCCAGCUGGUGCAGCUGGUCCUGGGGAAGUACAACGCGGCGUCGGCCCCCCUGCUGGGCCAGAACCAGAACUGUCUGGACCUGUUCGUCAGAGCCCUUAGGAACUCCGCCCAGCCGCACCCCGACAUCCCCAGCUGCCAGAUCAUCGCCCUGGAACAGGUGAGCCGGUCCUUCUUCUCGGCUCUCGGCCUCCAGGCCGUGCAGCAGAAGCUGCUGUCGGCCAUGUUGGACGUUCUGGUGGAGAGUCGGAGUCCAAUGGAGACGCACGCCGUGAGGAGCGCCUUCAGGGGGAUGGCGGUUGAUGGUCAGCUGGUAGCCAAUGAGCUCGCUCCGCCUGAGAAACCCAAAGUGAGCGUGACGGUGCAGCAGAGCCGCCGGAGCCGGACGAGCCAGAGGAAGCCUGUGGAGGCCGUCAAUGGCGGUCCAGAUGGUGGUCCAGCAGGGGGUCCAGCAGGGGGCGCUGUGCCGUGGCAGAGAGUCACGCUGAUCCUGGAGCUGCUGCAGCACAAGAAGAAGCUGAAGAGGGCCGAGACGCUGGUGCCGGUUCUGUUCACGCUGCUCGCCAGGAGUCUGGAUCCGUGUCCGUCGGACCUCAACAUGGAGUACACCAAGCAGCUGCUGCUCGGCUGCCUGCUCAACGUGUGCCACCGCCUGCGUCCUGAAGGGGGCGCUGUGGGUCCAGACCUGCUGGAUGAGGAGAAGUUCAGCGUGGAGCUCGUGGUUCAGGUGAUCCGAGCGUCCGACAUGCCUCAGACGCACCACCACGCCCUGCUGCUGCUCGGCGCCGCCGCCGCCAUCUUCCCCGAGAAGGUGCUGCUCAACAUCAUGCCCAUCUUCACCUUCAUGGGCGCCAACAUCAUGAGGCUGGACGACGCCUACAGCUUCAGGGUCAUCGAGCAGACGGUGCAGGUGGUGAUACCUGCUCUGAUCCAGGCUCACCAGCUCUCUGAUGGCUCCUCCUCCCCCCACGUGGUUGCCGUGGUUACUCGCAUCCUUCACGUGUUUGCCGACGCUCUUCCUCACGUGCCGCAUCACCGGCGGCUGCCCAUCCUCAGCCAGCUGGUGACCACGCUGGGCCCCGCCCGCUUCCUCUGGGUCCUAAUGCUCCUCCUGUUCAAGCUGCACGCCACGCAGACCGCCGGCUCCACCGGCGAGAAGGACGCCGCCCUGGAGAGAGACGUGGACUUCUGGGUGUCUCUGUGCUGCGAGUUCACGGCGAGCGAGCAGCUCUCCUCCCUCGUCAGCCUCCUCCUCUUCCUCCUCAAGCUGCCCGACGACAAGCAGGACGCUCCGGCGAAGCGCCGGCCGGGACCCAAGAAGAAGAGCAAGGAGGAGGAGGAGAAGGAGGUGGAGAAGGAGGUGGAGGAGCUGAUCUUCAGCCCGGAGGCUCACAGCAGCAAAGAGCUCCGACACUUCAAGUUCCUCUCCGUGUCCUUCAUGGCUCAGCUGCUCGGCUCGGCCGGCUUCAUCGGCAAGGUGGCGGAUGCAGCCGACGUGGUGGACGAGUCUCUGCAGCAGAGGCUGCUGGAGGAGAUCCUGCGCUACAUCCACGCCGUCGCUCGCCGUGUGGAGGACGACGCCGACAAGCCCACCGCCAAGUUCUGGAGGGUUCUGCUCAACAAGGCCUACGAGGUUCUGGAUAAGGUGAACUCCCUGUUGCCCACGGAUACCUUCAUCGCGGUGAUGAGGGGGCUGAUGGGCAACGAGCUGCCCUCCGUCAGGAGGAAGGCGAUGGAGCUGCUGAACAACAAGCUGCAGCACCACGCUCAGUGGGAGGAGCAUCAGGUCACGGUGCUGCUACAGCUGACCGGAGACCUCCUGAGCAUUGUGGGUCAAAGCGGUUGCAAGGCGAUGGAGGCGGAGCGGGAGGCGGAGCACGCCAUCAACCGCCAGACGGCGCUCUACAGCCUCAAGCUGCUCUGUCGCAGCUUCGGCGCCGCCCACCAGGAGGCGUUCGUCCCCGUGCUGCAGCUGGCGGUCGACAUCAUCACGGCGCCGGAGGAGGAGAAGAACGUGACGGGCAGCGCGCUGCUCUGCGUGGCCGAGGUGGUCGGCGCCCUGAAGGCGCUCGCCAUCCCACACCUACCCAGGUUGGUGCCGGCGCUGCUCGGCGUGCUGACCCACAGGAAGGAGCUGCUGACCAAUGAGAUCUACCUGCUGAGCGCCGUCAGCGCCCUGCAGCGCGUCCCCCACCCCCACUCCCCGGGCCCCCCGGGGAUUGCCCCCUGGGCCACCAACCCCGGGGGGUGGACUGCUGAAGCCCCCAAAACGGUGCCCCCCCCCGACCCCCAGGUGCGUUUCUCCUCUCUCUUGAUGUUGAUGGAAUUGGCCUCCAAACUGAAGGAGAACUACGUGGUUCUUCUCCCAGAGACCAUCCCCUUCCUGGCUGAGCUGAUGGAGGAUGACUGUGAGGAGGUGGAGCAGCAGGUCCAGAAGGUGGUGCAGGAGAUGGAGAAGAUCCUGGGAGAACCGCUGCAGAGCUACUUCUAACACACACACACACACAUGUACAAACACACUCACACACUCAUGUACACAAUGAGUUUUAACGUUAAAUAUUUUCCUCAGUGUUUUUAUUCUGGAGUGAGAUGUUUGUCAUUGUUUUAAUAAACAGGAAAUAAAAAGGACUUAAAGAUUAGUAGGAAAACAUU